CCCGGCUUCCGGGGGGCGCUGCUGCUAGCGGCCCCGAGGCGCGGCCGGGCUGGCCGGGGCUCUUUCAGCCCCGGGCCCGGGAGCCGCGCUGCGGCUUCGCGGCCCCCAGUGUCUGACCUGGACCGUGCGGACGCCUGGCUCCUCCGGAAGGCGCAUGAGACGGCCUUCCUCUCCUGGUUCCGAAAUGGCCUCUUGGCCUCGGGCAUUGGAGUCAUCUCCUUCAUGCAGGGCGACAUGGGCCGGGAAGCGGCUUACGGGUUCUUCCUCCUGGGCGGCCUGUGCGUGUUCUACGGUGGCGCCUCCUACGUGGCGGGCCUCGCCUCGCUGCGGCGGCCCAUGAUGCUGUCCCUGGGCGGGGCGCUGCUCGGAGGCGCGGCCGUAGCCUCCGCGGGCCUGCUCUGGGCCUGCGCAGUGGGCCUCUACCUGGGCCAGCUGGAGCUGGAGCUGGAGGGCCAGGAGCCCGAGCCGGGGCUGGAGCCCGAAGACGCCGACGACGAGGAACCGCGCGGCCCCCCGCGGGGCCAGGCCAAGUGAGGGAGCAGCACCUCGCCUAGGGGCUCUGCCUGGUGCUUCGGGGCGGGGAAAGAGGCUCGGGGCAUCCCACCCCCCCAUCUGUGCCCCAGUC